AUGGCAAGCGAUUUCCAGUUGCGUUAUUACGUUGGGCACAAGGGGAAGUUCGGCCACGAGUUUCUCGAGUUCAAGUUCCGCCCUGACAGGAAACUGAGAUAUGCAAACAACAGCAAUUAUAAAAAUGAUGUCAUGAUCAGAAAAGAAGCCUACGUACACAAAAGUGUGAGGGGAGGGCGAAAGAGGAUAAUCGACGACAGCGAAAUCACGAAAGAAGAUGAUGCAUUAUGGCCACCUCCUGACAGAGUUGGCUGGCAGGAGCUUGAAAUUGUAACUGGUGAUGAACACAUCUCUUUUACCACAUCAAAAAUUGGUACGCUUAUUGAUGUAAAUCAGUCCAAGGAUCCAGGUCUUAGAGUGUUUUACCACCUUGUCCAGGACCUCAAGUGUCUCUUCUUCAGUCUCAUUGGAUUACACUUCAAGAUUAAGCCAAUUGAAAUUGUGUGGAUUUAA